AUGGGGCAAGAAGAAAGCAGCAAUGAAGAAGUGGAACUGGCCAAAAUCCAAGAGCUGUACACAACCUUCAUGCAGGUGUGCCCAAGUGGAGUUUUACAUUUGCAUGAAUUCAGAAGGAUUUUUGGAAUACAGAGCACCUCAGCAGAGGAGUCAUUGUAUGUGGAGACCAUAUUUCGUUCAUUUGACACAAACAAGGACAAUGCAAUAGACUUCAUGGAAUAUGUGGCAGCACUGCACCUUGUCUUGCGAGGUAAACUGGAAGAUCGAUUGAAGUGGUCAUUUAAAGUCUAUGACAAAGAUGGCAAUGGUCGGCUCGACCGGCAUGAGGUGAAACACAUCAUAAGGAUAAUAUACAAAAUAAAGAAAACCAAUACAGACAUGACGCCAAAUGAAGUAUGUGAUAGAAUAUUUGAACUUGUUGACCAAAACAAAGAUGGACAGAUUUCCUUGUCAGAGUUUUUGGAGGGGGCAAAGAAGGAUGAGUGGGUCAUGGAUAUGCUCAAACUGGAUGUGAAUGCCAGCGGUUGGUUCAUUAAAAAUUGGAAGAAGAAGUCAUGA